AGCGCUCAAAUGAAGGGGACACAGAUCUGGAUUAAAACGCAUAAAUGGGACACUCCAGAGAAGCAUCCGCUAGGAAAAGUGCUCGGAGCAAGUGACUGUGAUGGGCUGUCGGACUGCAUCUGAAGUACUCUACCAAAGAAUAAUAUCCACUCCUGACCUACUCUGAAGAACAAUAUUUGAUUCGAUCAAUGUUACAGUCUCCCCCGGAGGGAAUUACUCCUGAGUAAUAGGUGGACCCUCAGAAAAGAGCAACAGUGGACCAUGUGAUACUUGACCUUCAAAGAGAGAACUCGGGUAACUCCAGGAGAUGUCAAAUCUGAGCUGAGGCUGCUCUCGAGAGGAACACCCAGCUCAUAAUUCAAUCAUCUUUUCAUGUGUUGCUCAGCAAUACUGAAACAUCAUGGGCCAUCAGUGACAGAGCGUAGUUAUCAAUGCUGGAUCUUCAUUUAUUGAGGAGUACCGGACAUCUCAUCAUGGAUUUGAAUGAGAUUUUCUUCACCAAAGUGCGACUGUAAGAAAGACUGGAGUGUGGGGGAACUGGACACUGGGGGUUGGGAGGAUUAGCUAGUGGGCUGCUAACCCAUGGUGGAUCUGCUGUGAGCAGGAUAAGGGACUCAGCAGUGGAGGAUGUCAGCGGAGGCCGAGCUCCAGCCGGGUGUCAAAACCAGCCAGCGAAGGGAGUCCAGGAGGAUCAAAGGUCAGGACCGCAGUGAGGCGGGGCUUAUUAAGCGUUUCCGUGGAGAUGGCGUGCGCUACAAGGCCAAGCUGAUCGGGAUUGAUGAGGUGACAGCAGCGCGCGGGGACAAGCUGUGCCAGGACUCCAUGAUGAAGCUGAAGGGAAUGGCUUCCUCGGCACGUUCCAAAGGGGAGCACAAGCAGAGAGUGUUCUUGACGGUCUCUUUCGGCGGGAUCAAGAUUUACUGUGAGAGAUCAGGGGUGCUCAUGCAUCACCACUCAGUCCAUGAGAUCAGCUACAUCGCAAAGGACACCAGGGACCACCGGGCCUUUGGCUACGUCUGUGGGAAGGAGGGCCACCACAAGUUUGUGGCCGUCAAGACCGCGCAGUCGGCGGAGCCUCUCAUCAUUGACCUGCGUGACCUCUUUACGCUCAUCUAUGACAUUAAACAGCGGGAGGAGAUGGAGAAGAAGGCCCAGAAGGACAAACAGUGUGAGCAGGCAGUCUACCAGACCAUCCUGGAGGACGAAGUGGACGAUCCCGUUUACCAGUACAUAGUGUUUGAGGCUGGACACGAACCCCUCCGUGGCCCCCAGUCAGAGGAGAGCGUUUAUCAGGUCCCAACCAGUCAGCAGAAGGAAGGGAUCUAUGAUGUCCCAAAACGCCAUUUCAUGACUAACAUCAACCACUUUGAUCUUUUCGGUGACAUGUCCACUCCUCCCUCGAUGCCCCCAUCACCUGCCAACACACUGGACCCAAGCAGGAGCAGCCGCCAGCAGCAACACACUCCUGCUGAGUUGUACGCCCCCUUCAGCCCCACCUCUGUGCCGUCAGGUUAUAUGACCAUGGGUCCGGUGCAGGCGGCCCAGUGGGCGCAGCAGCCGUUUCCUGCCCAGGCCCAGACUUUGGCCUUCCCUGUGCAGGGGCCCCUCCAGGUGGCUCAGGUCCUCCCUGGUGGUCAGCCAGUCAUCUGGAGCCAGGCCAAUAUUUUCCCGGCCACACAGCAGCAGUGGGCGGCCAUGGCAGCCUACAUGCCGGCCCAGACCGUGGGCGUGGGAGGGCACGCCAUACCAGCUGCCAUGCUCCAAGGCCUGGUACCCAUUACCACCAUGUGCCCCCAAGCCUGCGACAUAUCAGCCCCCUCCUCUGCCAUCACCAGCCCCCAGCACACGGCCGACCCCAGCCUGCUGCAGAGGCAGCUGAGCCUGGGGAGGGAAGGCCUCGGCGUGGACUCAGAUGCAGGCGAGGGCCCCUCUACAUCAGGAGCCGGAGCAGCAGGUGUGGGACCUGGCUUGGCGUCCGCAGCGGUGAGCAGGUGUGGGACCCCAGGCCUCAUGGGUGUACCGGACACACUGGCCUGCAGUCAGCUGCUGCUGCCUCCGUCAGCUGCUGCGAACCAGGAAGAGGAAGGGAGCUGUAGUGACCUUGAUCUCUCUAGAAUGACCUUGAGCCCAGGUACAUCCACAUCACCGUCUACUGAAUCUCCAUCCACUCCAGCCCCUCAGCAGAGCUCGUCUUCAGACUGCCCUCCUUCCCAGGCCAGUGACCCCCCCACAGAUCACUCCCCUGUAGACCCAGUGGGCAACUGCAGCAACGUUAAGGAGGAACAAUCGGGCUCUGUUGUUGCAAGGUCAAUCUCUCCAGUGCCCAGUGGAGCUCCUGAUCCUCCGCAGGAUCAGACCUGUCCACAGGAAGACAGCUAGAGAACAACAUGGGGGAUGGAAGCUCUCAAGGCCAAGACAGAAGCUCAAGAGAAAGAGAUGAAGAGGGGAUUAGGGACUAUGAACAGCAGCAUCUCUCCAAGCUGGAUUACACAGACUUGUUCUGUUUUUUUUUUAACCUUUAAAGGAUCUUUUGGCAGUUCUGUAAUAAAUUGGCUAUCCUGGGAUCUACUUUCCUCUGGAAGUCAACACACUGUACUGUACUCCUCAGCAUGACAACCAGACUUUGGCUUUAUUGUCCAAUCAAAUAACCUUUCAACCAGGAAGUGACCUUUGAUCUUUGACCGAAACCUACAGUACAGCAGGAGGCGAUUGCACCCUCCUCCUGUCACGGAUUAAUGACUUUAUACCUGUGAGAAUAUGUUAAACGGCCAUGGUGACACUGAUGAUGCAAAUCAUUUUUUGGAAACUUUCCUACUGUAAGUGGCUGGCCUUCGGUUUGUCAGCCGCCACCAGCAAAGACUGUACACAGCAGAUGGAUUUGCCAAAUGUUCUCAUCGUGUUGCUCCACCGAUUCGUCCAUUUUGCAUGAACAGACUUGAUGUGGAUUCAGCGGACUCAGCUGUGAGCAAAACUGUUCUCCGCAGCUUCCUUCUAGACCUGAAACCAAUAAAAAAAAAAAAAAUAGAUAUCAUUUCUUUUUCUUAUUUUAAAAGCUGUGAAUUCUUAGUUGAUGUCGCCGAGUCAUUGCAGGUAUCGAAAUGACUUUGAGGCAUCAAUGUCAAAAUCAAAAUUUGCCAAACAUCUAUUUUGUAAAUAAGAAUCUCUCUCCCCAGUCCCCCCGUACCUGAGCCUCUGUGCCAUAAGAUAGCUCUCUGCCACUUGGAUGCCAACUACCUGUGUUUCUCUCAAGCAAUGCCCUACCAGCACCUCCAUGUUUGACGUCUGGAUGUUUGUUUCGCUUUUGCAGCCAUUUAUUUUUCGUUUCUGAAAAUGUCUUUGUUUCUGUUCAGUUGAACUGUGAAUCUGUGUUACAUGGUCAUUCAAAACCAAGCCUGCUGUACCUGUCACGCUGGAAGAAAUGAAGGGGUCGCCAAACUUAAAGAUAGUGACAAAAAUCCUACUACUCCUUAAAGGUUUCAGGUUUGUUUUUUUUGUUUUUUUUAGUAAAUAGGAGGCAGAUUUUCCUGAAUCUCUUUGUUUUUAGAUAAUCUACAUUUCCAGCUGAGGUCGCAUUGUUUACAAUUUGCCUCUUUGAAUCAUGUCUCUGUUUGGUUUCUUGAAUAAAUAGGCAGAAUAAACCCAUACUGGCUUAACCACAAUCUCAGAGACAGUAGAGUGCAUUUCUAUGCCUUAUCAGGUUUAUUUUUGUUGUCCAGUCACUGUUCUUCUUGUCACGUCAUUUGUAUACAGUAAACAGGUCAUUGUCGUAACAAAGCAGUUGGGGAAAAUUGUAGGUCUGCUCCAGCGAAUCAAAAUGGUCAAAAAGAAAAGCAACUUUAUACGAACAAUAGAGAUAUCACUAUUAACUGCUAGGCUUACAAUAAGAAAUGGUAACUGUACCACUGCUCGUGUAAAAAAAAAAAGAAGAGAAAUAGUCCAAAAUAUUUUGUAACUUUUAUUUAUGGAAUUAAGAAUUGUCAUGAAAAGAGAAAAAAAGGACUUUUGUACGUCUAUGACUUCCCCAAACACUGUACCCAUGCCACUGUUCAGUCACAAAUAAAAUAUCAUGUGAUUCCCA